CUCCCUCGCUUCUGCAAAGCCCCCGAUGACAAUAUUAAUAAUAGUUCAUUUGAACGCAGUUUCUUGAUUUCAUUGAAUGAUAGCGAGAGGUAUCUGUUUGCUUACUUGCCCGCAUCUGACUUAGCUGAAUAAUUCAUUUUCCGCGUCAGUCGCCAGAUCUUCCUUUUCUGAACAUCAGAGCACGUAGUUUUUUUUUCCUCUUUUUUUUUUUUUUUUUUUCUUGCUCAGACAGCGUGCUGACAAUCGUACGAAUUGCAGAGCUCGACAGGAGGCGCUUGGCAAGCAGUAUGAGCAAUUGGGAGGUGAGUAAACACGCAUAGGAUUGUUUCUGGUAAUUGUAUCGGGCUCUGCGUCAUUUUUUUCUCUCCAAUUGUCCAAUAUAAGUUAAACAAGCCUUCAAGAAUUAUCGAUUGUACGAACUGGUUGUACGAACAGUAUCAUUUAAUUUUUUUUCUUCUUUUUUCCUUCUUGAACUGGAGAAUGCCGGAGUUGUUUUGCAGCGUUGCCAGCUGCCUGCCUGUUAGUCCCUGCUGUGUUGUCGCCGGAGUGGAUGCAGUCCGUAUCUUUAGUGUGUUUCAAACUAAAACGCUUCAUGGGGAUACAACAACCUUGGGAUCCUAUCAAAUAAGUUCGUUUUCAAGAAGUGAAGUCUGCCUGGAGGACUCUUAAAGGCUGCAAUUUGAACCAACGGCUAUACGAACGUCUGUGUAGGAAUACUGCCGCUCCUCGCACUGCCAAUGCUCCUUAUCAGUUUAAAAGAAGGCUGGUUUUCUGCCGCUCUGGGUUGUUAAAUGAUAUACGGGGGAUUCUUGUAAAAAGCAAAAUGCUGCUGCUUGUUCUGUUGGCUUUUUCCGUGUCCAGUUCGUAUGCUAACUCGGAUUCUGACCUCUCCGCCGAGACCUGCAGCGCUUGCUCUUGCAUGUCCAUCGAGAACGUCCUCUAUGUGAACUGUGAAAAAAUUACGGUGUACAGACCUACCCAGCUCAAACCCCCAUCCUCCAGUCUCUACCAUCUAAAUUUUCAGAACAAUCUAUUGAUUAUUUUAUAUCCCAAUUCUUUUCUCAAUUUCACACACGCUGUGUCUCUCCAGUUGGGGAACAACAAACUGCAGAACAUUGAGGGAGGGGCCUUCUAUGGACUCAGUGCUCUGAAACAGUUGCACUUAAACAACAAUGAAUUAAAAGUGCUCCGAGCAGACACUUUCAUAGGAAUUGAGAACUUGGAAUACCUCCAGGCUGACUACAAUUUAAUCAAGUUUAUUGAACGAGGAGCCUUCAACAAAUUGCAUAAGUUAAAAGUCCUUAUACUGAAUGACAAUCUCAUUCAAAGCCUUCCUGAUAACAUUUUCCGCUUUGCUUCCCUGACACACUUGGAUAUAAGAGGCAACAGGAUUCAGAAGCUGCCUUACAUUGGAGUGUUGGAGCACAUCGGGAGAAUAGUGGAAUUGCAGCUGGAUGACAACCCCUGGAAUUGUACCUGUGAUUUGUUACCCUUAAAGGCCUGGCUGGAAAACAUGCCCUAUAAUAUCUUUAUUGGAGAGGCGAUUUGUGAAACCCCCAGUGAUCUGUAUGGGAGGCUCCUAAAAGAGACUAACAAACAAGAGCUGUGCCCGAUGGGAACGGGCAGUGACUUUGAUGUCCGGAUGCCACCUUCGCAGCCAGAGAACGGGCAGACGACGUCCAACGUCUCUCCCACGACGACACUGCGACUCAUCACCAAAGCCCCCAAAGCAACCAACCCCUCAAAGAUAUCAGGUAUCGUCGCCGGAAAACCGUUCCCUGGGAAAAAUCUCAGCCAAAUUGUGUCCUAUCAGACGAGAGUCCCACCCCUUUCCCCCUGCCCCCUCCCCUGCACCUGUAAAACACACCCCUCUGACUUUGGCAUCAGUGUCAGCUGUCAGGAAAGAAACAUAGAACAUCUGGCAGAGGUAGUACCGAGGCCACCAAACGCAAAGAAACUUCACCUGAGUGGGAAUUAUAUAAGAGAUAUCAGCCCGGCUGACUUUCAAGGAUUCGAAGGUUUAGAUUUGUUGCAUUUAGGCAGCAAUCAAAUAGUGACGGUUCAGAAAGGUGUUUUUGCAAAUCUGACAAACCUCCGCAGGCUUUAUCUAAACGGCAAUCAACUGGAGCGCCUUUAUCCCGAGAUGUUCCUUGGGCUUAGUAACCUCCAGUACUUGUAUUUGGAAUACAAUGCCAUAAAGGAGGUUUUAGCCGGCACAUUUGACUCAAUGCCAAAUCUGCAGCUUUUGUAUCUGAACAAUAACGUGCUGAGGAGCCUCCCAGCCUAUAUCUUUGUCGGCGUCUCGCUGGCCAGACUGAACCUGAAGAACAAUCACUUCAUGAGUCUGCCUGUGAGUGGCGUUCUAGACCAGCUCAGAUCUCUCACGCAGAUCGACCUGGAAGGCAAUCCCUGGGAGUGCACAUGUGAUUUAGUGGCUUUGAAGCUGUGGCUGGAGAAGCUGAGCGAUGGUAUCGCUGCCAAGGAGGUCAAAUGUGCCUCCCCCGUUCAGUUCUCAAACAUCGAGCUGCGCCUGCUGAAAAACGAGAUCCUGUGCCCCAAACUGGUGGUGAGGCCCCCGUUCAUCCUGACCAGCCCCCCCGCCGUGGUCACGUCCAUGUCCCCCGGCGGCGUGGGCAAGGCGCCCCCUGGUGGCCCGGUGCCACUCUCCAUCAUGAUCCUCAGCAUCCUGGUGGUGCUGAUCCUCACCGUCUUCGUGGCGUUCUGCCUGCUGGUCUUCGUGCUGAGGCGGAACAAGAAGCCUGUGGGCCGGCACGAGGGCAUGGGGAGCCAGGAGUGCGGCUCCAUGCAGCUCCAGCUCCGCAAACACGACCACAAGUCCGGCAAGAAGGACGACCUGGGCGGGGAGACCUUCAUCCCCCAGACCAUCGAGCACAUGAGCAAGAGCCACACCUGCGGGAUGAGGGACUCCGAGUCCGGCAUGAAGUUCGCCGACUCCCAGCGGCAGAAGAUCAUCCUGAGAAACAGCGCUGACAAGGACAAAGACUCGUUGCACCCGCUGGACCCCAGGAAGAGGCUGAGCACCAUCGAUGAGAUGGACGAGUUUCUGCCGGGGAGGGAGUCCAACAUGUUCAUCCAGAACUAUUUGGAGAAACAAAAGGACUUCAACAGUAUAGGGGUGAGCGGGUUUGAAAUCCGCUACCCAGAGAAACCGCAGGACAAAAAAAUGAAGAAGUCUCUUAUAGGAGGCAACCACAGUAAGAUUGUUGUGGAACAACGGAAAAGUGAGUAUUUUGAACUCAAAGCAAAGCUUCAAGGAACCCCAGACUAUCUGCAAGUGCUAGAGGAACAGACAGCACUGAGUAAAAUGUAGGCCACCCAGCAUCUUUUCUUUCCCCCCUCAGUGACAAAAGUGCCUUCCAGAAAAUCUUAAUGACCAAUGGUUAACUGGACAAGUGUUUCCAGGGAGCAAAUCGACAUACGGUUAGUUGCCUCAUUUCCUUAGUAUUUAGUUGCUCUGUUGCAACGCAACCAUUUUUUCAAUGUGGUGAUGCCAUUAUUGAAUAUACUGUAGGAAUAUUCGACAUUGAACUGUACAAGACCUCCCUAAGAAACCGUGUAGUAAGUUGCUGCUAUUGAAAUUGGUACUUUCAGAUUAUCAUUAUUUUUUUAAGAAACCAAAAUCAUUAGGUUUGAAAACAGUGGUGAGUGUACUGUACCCCUCGUUGAACCCUCCUUCGUUGUUAUGUUUUGGGUGGACAUACGUGGUGGAGAAUUUUGUGUGAUCAGACAAUACCAAAAUGAGAGACUGUGAUGUUGGCCUGGAAAAAAGGAAUAGAGGUGUGGAUCUCCUUAUGUUAUAUACAUGUACCUGCUGACUCCAUCUGCUGUACAGUUUGGAUUAAUAGCUUGC